UAUAAUUCUAGUAGAGGAAGGAGAGGUGACGCCACGCCUUGAGACAACAUUAUUGACCGCUAACGCCAUUUUGUGAGGCAGGAAGAUAAAGCCCAUACCACAGCGAGUUAAAGUGAUUCAUGGGCUACAAAGGAUAGAACUAACUACAUUGAUUUUGGAAGAUGGAGCUACAAGGCCAGGGGCUUGGCCUAACAGAGAUGAUCAACGCCAUGGCUGCCCAACAACACAUGUAUACUGCAGCUGCAGCAUACGGCAGUCUGGAGGCUGCAGCAUAUGCCCAAUAUCCUCAGUAUGUUACACAGAUUGAAGUGUAUGAUACGCAUAAAAGAAAAAAAGGAAGAAUUGGCCGAAGCUCUACGAAAAUUACCCCUUAUGGAUAUGCACCAGCUCCUUUUAUGGGUGCAUACAUAGCUUCUGCAGCUGCACCAGGAGGUGCACGUGGACAUGGCCGUAGCACUCUAGAUCCAUAUGACAGCUAUGCUGCAGCAGCAGCUUAUGAACCAGAGCCUCCGCGCCACCGUGAACGCCGGGACAGAGAGGAUCGCCGGAGAGACCGGGACAGAGACCGCGAUCGUGAUCGGAGAGACAGAGACAGAGAUCGAAGGGACCGAGACAGGGACCGUGACAGAGAUCGUGACAGGGACCGAGAUAGAGAACGUGAUAGGGAUAGAGACCGUGACCGCUGGAGGGAUGAAGACCGUGACCGCAGCCCUCGUCGUGACCGUGACCACAGGGAUUACAGGGACUAUGAUCACCACAGAGAUCAUUAUGAUGAAGAAAGAACAGAUUACAAAUCACAACCUCCAAACAACACAAUCAUGGUGCGGGGUUUAGCACAGCACAUUACAGAAAAUGAUAUUCGUGCAGACAUCUUAGCCUGUAACCUCAUGCCAAAAGAUAUCAGACUUGUCCGGAAAAAAGAAUCAGGUGCAUCAAGAGGCUUUGCCUUCGUGGAGUUUACGACGGUACAUGACGCCACACGGUGGAUGGAAGCCAAACAGGGUGUACUCAUUCUACAAGAUGUGUAUAGAGCAACCUUGCAGUAUUCCAUUCCUAAGGAAUCUUCUGAACGACAGUCCAAGGCAUCACAAGAUUGGUUUUGCAUCAGGUGUGGUGCUCAUAAUUUCAAGAGAAGAGACUCGUGCUUCAAGUGCUCUGCCCCUCGCCACGAGUCUGAGGCUGGGGAGGAAGGCAGUGAUGAAGUUUGUACAUACCCAACCAAUACUCUGCUUCUACGAGGCUUAGAUGUCUUAAGUACAGAAGAAAGUGUACUGCAAGGCAUCCAACAUGCUGGUAGUGACUUGCCCAUCCGAUCUGUUCGAAUUGGUCGGGAUCCUCUGACCAACACGUCACGAGGAGUUUGCUACAUAGAACUGAACUCUGUAUUAGACUCCAUGCAGCUCCAUAACAAGCUAGCACAUUCCCCACCCACUAUUGAUAACAAACAGGUGACAAUUUCCUAUUGCAAACUCAACCAGAAUAAUGGAAGUAGUAACAACAGUUCUGGUAACAGCUGGUCAAGUCAGCAGCAGCAGCAGCAACAGUACCACCAACCAGCAGAAUACACAGCAGGGGCAGAUAUCAAGCAGUUAGCUGAAUAUAGUGCAUCUUUAUAUGCACAGACUCCAGAGGAACAUGCCUCAUAUGUGCAGUAUUACACAAUGUAUUACCAACAGCAAGCACAGGCAUACCAACAAAAUCAGCAACAGCAAGGUAGUUCAAACCAAUCUGAUUCAGUCAAUGCUGCUGCAGCUGUUGCUCAAUCUGCUCUUCAAGCUAUGCAUCAGAAGUCAGCAGCCACUGCAUCAACAAGUGCUGCUGCAGCAGCAGCAGCAGCUGCAGCUGCAGCUGCAGUCCAGAGUACUUACAGUACAACUACUACUGCAACAACAACUGCCAGUGACCAGGCAUACACACAGGCCUCAUCUUCAUCUGCAAAUUGUGAUGGUGUUCAAAUGCAAACUGGAGAAUAUCCAACUUACCCUCCUCCAGAUGUAAGUACUUACCAAUAUGAUGAAACCUCAGGAUAUUAUUAUGACCCUACAACCACGCUAUACUAUGAUGCAAGCAGCCAAUAUUACUACAAUGCAGAGAGUGGUCAGUACUUAUACUGGGAUGCUGAAAAAUCAACAUACCUUCCUGCACCAAUUGGGGAAGAUGGUCAUGUGGGCAAGAAGGGUGACAAGAAGGAGAAAGAGAAGGAUAAGCAGGAUAAGGUAAAAGUAGCAAAGAAAAUUGCCAAGGAUAUGGAGCGAUGGGCCAAGGCACAGAAUAAACGUAAUGAGAGCUCAGUGAUUAGUAAAACUGCUUCAGCCGAGCCUGCAGGAGGAGCAAAGGGUGAGGGCGGCGGCACAGGGGCUGCAGAUGCUGCCUUUGCUGUUUUGUUGGAACGAAGGGAUCGUGCAUCAUUGGUGGAGAAGCAGGCCCAAGUGUUCCACAUGCACAUGAAGAAGGAAGCACCACCUGUAUUGGCAGGACUGAAAAAGUCAGGGCUGGUAGCAGCUUAUGGAGGUGAAGGAAGUGAUAGUGAGGAGGAAGGUGGAGCUGGAUUAGGUAACCUUGCUGGUGAUGACAGAUGGGAGGACAAGCUGGUAGAUUAUGUCAAGAUGGCUUGCCUUCUCUGUAAGAGGCAGUUCCCUAACAAGGAAGCACUUGGGAGACAUGUACAACUGUCAGACCUUCACAAGACAAACUUGGAAGCAAUGAGGAAGUCCAAAGGCGGAGAAGGCGGUGGUCCAGGAGGGUUGACGUCCGCUCAGUACAGAGACAGAGCCAAAGAGAGACGGCAAAAGUAUGGGGAGCCCAGUGUACCUGCACCCAACAAACUUAAGGAACGUUAUAUUGCCUCAAGGGAGGAAGUAGCGGCCUCUAAAUAUGAAGAGCCAACCAAGCAAGGUAUUGGCAGUGACAACAUUGGAAAUAAGCUACUGAAGAAAAUGGGCUGGACCGAUGGACAAGGUCUCGGCAAAGCAAACCAAGGUCGGACAUCAAUUAUUGAGACUGAACGGCGUGUUGCAACAGCUGGCUUGGGCCUACAAGGGAGCACCUACAGUGUUGUAGGAGAUAGUUAUAAGGAAUGUGUCAAGAAGAUGAUGUUUCACAGAUAUCAAGAAUUAGAUGCCCAGGAGAAGUCUGUGAAAAAUUAAAAUUUUAGAAUAAGUGGGUCUUCUGUAGACACAUCAGACAGAUAACACUUGGUUGCUGAAAUGAUAUUGUGAAUGGCUUGCCAUAACUUAAACAACACAACAAAAACUGGUUGAUUCACUGAAUGCGACCCUUCACCACUGAGGGAAGAGAAUUAGCGACAACUUGAAAGGUCAGUCUCCCUAGACAAACUUAACUACAGUACUUCCUUCAAGUCUGGGUUCAUUUAACCUAAGUGGGCUGUUGUAUCAUUUUGAAGUAAUGUGUUGUAGGAGAAUGUCAAUAUUCUACAUCUCAAAUCAUACAUUAAUACUUGUUUGUUGCAAGUGAUUUUUUAUGAUUUGAUUCCCUAAAGAGAUCCAAGACUUGUGCAAAUAAGGCUGAUUUAAAGCCAUGUACAAAUUUGUGUAUUCAUAAUGAUUUAAUCGUUUACUCGAGACUUGAACCUGGUUGUCAUUUUUGCUGAACUUUAAAAAAAUGCAAACUUUUUGGUGAUGACAGCCAUUCUUGUCUGUGUAAGAUACUUUCUCUGACCAAUCUUCAUGUGGCUAUUUCCUUGUGUAUUAAGUUGAUGUGAUAUUGUUUCUUGGUAAUUUACUUUCUACUUGGGAUAGUCCACUCUGUCAAAUAUACUGUAUAAAAGAUGAAUGUAGCUUGUUUAUAAUAUUUUUGUUUAUAUUUUGUGAGAUGCUACAUAAAUGUUUAAGGAUA